UUCCCUCUUUAAAUAUUUAAAUCCCCAUCUCUUUCUCCAUCCAUUUUCAUUCAACCAACCCCUCUCUUCCAUUCCCUCUUCCAAAAUCAUUAUAUAAACCAAAAUAACAUCCUUAAAAAACAUCCUUAAACAUUAACAUGGGCACUCUAGUAGGACAUGUUGCUCCUGGUUUUGGUUUCUUAAUGAUAGGUCUAUGGCACCUUUUCAACAACAUCAAACUCCAUCUUCAAAAUCCAAACACCUACAUUUCAUCACCAUGGUUCCCAUCAUCAAAACUCAAAUACCUUGAACUCUUCCUCAUCAUGGUAGGCACAACAUCUUCAAUCUCCAUGGAGCUUUUCAUUGGUCCCGACCGACACCAACCGUUCGACCCCGACGGAACAAUCCCCUCAAACCAUCUCCACAACUUCGAACACGCUUCGAUCUCAUUGACAUUCUUCGUCUACGCCGUCUUCGCGAUCAUCCUCGAUAAAAUCGAAAACAAAUCAAAAUCUUCCUUAACUCAAUUACUAGCUUCCAUAGCUUUUUUUCAACAAUUUCUUCUCUUUCAUCUCCAUUCAUCUGAUCACAUGGGACCAGAAGGACAAUAUCAUCUUCUCCUACAGAUUCUUAUCUUUGUGUCCUUUUCAACAACUCUUUUCGGAAUCUCCAUGCAAAAAAGCUUCUUGGUUAGCUUCGUGAGAUCUUUGAGUAUAUUUUUUCAAGGCUUGUGGCUUAUGGUUAUGGGGUUCAUGCUUUGGACACCAAGUUUGAUUUCAAAAGGAUGUUUUAUGAAUCUUGAACAAGGUCAUAAAGUUGUGAGAUGUUCUGAUCAUGAAUCACUUCAUCGUGCGGUUGCACUUGUUAAUAUCAUGUUUAGUUGGUUUUUAAUUCUUGUCACCAUUUUCGGUGUUUCUUUCUAUUUGUUUUUGACUAAAUUCUUCGAUGAAAAUAAGGUCAUGUAUUUCUCGUUGGGGAAUAUUGAAGAAGAAGAAGAAGUUGAAAAGUUUAAUGAUGACGUGGAAAAUCAAAAGGGAAGCUUAGUUGGCAACCAAAAGAGCUUUAUUCAUGUGGGGAAAAAAACUUUUUCACCUGUUGAUAUUGAAAGGUAGUGAUACAAAGAGUGGUGACAAAAUUAUAAGAAGGUUCUUGGAAAUUAUUAUUAGGGGGUGCAUGCAUGGUGUUUCAAUUGUGAUUAAUUUUAUUUAUUAAUGAAAGUUAAUUUGUGAUUACUUGUUAGAUUAGGAGUGUGAUGAUGAUGUGUACAUGUAUUUGGAUGUAAUUGAAGGAUUAUGAGUGUUUAACGUUUUGUGAAAAUAUGAAAGAAAUUUCCUUAUUAACGUAUUA